GCCCCCUCAGGUCAAAAUUCGAAAAUCGAACAAAUUAAUUAACUUGUUAAUUUUUUUAGCGUCAAAAGUUCAGUCGUUUUGUUGUUGUUUUUUUUUCAUUUUUUGGUGACACUUGUUAUUUUUCUCUAUCAAAAAUCGUCAUGGCAUCAUCACAAGUUCCAAAAUUAAGUGAAAUUGAUGAUAUGUGCGAAAAGGAUCAAGAAAUUUGCCUGGAGCUUUACAAUUUACUCGAUUUUUAUACAAAAAUGGAAAGAAAAUUGGAAUCGGCGAAAGCUCAGGAUACUUCUCAUGGAAACACAACAGGUAGUGGUGAAAAUUCAGUGGAUACUUCAACCAAAAAUCACAAUAAUGAUCAUCUAAAUGAAGUUCAUGGCGAUGAACCUGUUCAAUCAAAAAUUCACUCGGAUACUUCCGAUAUUAUUGAUCUUACAGGUGAUGAAGUGGAUACUUCUGGUGAAAUUUGAGUGAGA